AUGCAGCACUCUUUCCCCCCAAUAUCUCCUUUCCUGGAGCUGAUGCAAUCGGAAGAGAAUACUCCCACUACAAUUAUACUUCGAGAUCAUUCCUCGGGCAUGACUGUCACAGCUGGGCAGUUGUUGCAUAGUGUUUCUUUGCUCCGUGCCAAAUUGCAAGCAACACUGGUGCAGGAUCGCAUGUAUGAUGCCAGAAACAACGAGGGCCGGUUCAUCUUCCUGGUUGCCCCUCCAGGAUUGGAAUACGUGGUGUCAAUGCUCACCAUAUUUUCCCUUGGGGCAGGAAUGUCAGCCCAAUCGAUCGCUAUAAGACCAGAGGAGAUGAAACACUACUUCAACCUCGCAAAACCCCUGGCCCUGCUUUAUACGCCAGCAUUGACUGAGAAAAUCGAGGCCGUCAAAGCCUUAUGUGCAGAAGACAAUACCGGGAGCAACUCAAAGUUUCCUUUUGUGGAAAUCCACAUAACUUAUCCAGAAAGUUCAGCUACUCACACUUACAAAUCAGAUCCAAGCAUCGGGUCGCGCUCUGAACAAAUAGGUACCCUGUUCUUCACUUCAGGCACGUCCGGAAAACCGAAAGGCGUUGUUCAUUCUUAUAGCGCUCUUCUUGCAUCCGCACGGGAGCGAAUAGAGACGUGGAAGUUGACAGAAAACGACGUGGUCCUUAACCAAAAACCGGGUAACUGGAUGGGAGGCAUCUUUGGCAUUCUUCCGAGCCUGAUAUCUGGAGCCUGCUUAGAAACCUGUGCGGGCGUUUUCAAUCCCAAGUGGUUCUGGGAACGCAUUAGUCGAGGGGGCGUCAGCGUCUUUUCCAUUGCGCCCGAGGGUUAUGAUAGGCUCGCAGAGUACUUCGAUGAGCAUAUUGCUAUGCUUCCCCCUGCUCGCAAGGAGAUCUAUAUUCAUGGGAUUAUAGCUGCGAGGUUUCCAGGAGUUACAGGAUCCCUGCUUCUGCCACAGACCCAAAAGAGAUGGACAGAUCUCCGGCGUGGAAAGCCACUGCUAAACUUAUACGGAUCGACAGAGGUAACGUUGAUAUGCAGUAUGAGAUGGGAAAAUCCUGACUAUUCUUAUAUGUGUUCAGUUGGACCCGCGGUACCGGGAGUUGAGGUGAAGCUUGUGGAUGGAGAGAUGCGACUCAAGGCUCCUACGAUGUUUUCACGAUAUAUUUCUGACGACCCGACCCAAACAGAGAAGGCUUUCGAUUCUGAGGGCUUCUUUAAGACCGGGGAUUGUGCAGAAAAAAUUGGAGACUGCUACAUACUCCACGGCCGAGCAGACAUUGAUGUGCUGCACUUUUGGGGCUUCACUUUACAUACAGGCGAAAUCGAAAGCGCCCUCUUCUCUCUCCAUUACAUCGCUAACGCCAUCGUUCUCCCCCUCGAGGACGAAGAAUAUCAACAGCGCGCUGCAGCUAUUCUCCAAAUUAAACCGUCAUUUCAAUCAAAGCAACUAAACUUAGAUACACUCCGGAAUGAUUUGACAGAAAUGACGGGCUUGAUGCUAUUCAAACAGCCGACGGUGGUCUACUGGCUCCGAGAAGGAGAAGAGAUUUCGCUGACAGCAAACGGGAAGAUUUCCAAGACAGAGGCAAGGAAGAAGUUCUUCGGUGAUGGGUGGCGGUGUAAACGGAGUGUGGAGGUUUUGGAUUUGAAGGGCAUGGAAUAUUGGCGCAUGGGUGGCCAGUGUUAA